ACGCUCCAAAUCUGACACGAGCGGUGGCCCCUCACCCACACCGGCAUCUCCCAAGAUCAGCUGCACACACCACACUGCACUCCAAACCGCUUCGAUUCGACCAUCACCAUCAGACGCUCUAACUCUCUCUCUCUCUCUCUCUCCUUUUAUAUCUCAUUUUUCUUUCCUUUUCCGAGAAAAUCUCGGAAUGCUGUUUGGUUCCUAAGAAAAUCACUCAGAAACUAUUCGGUGUAAGAAAGUGGUUUGAUGGAAAAAGGAGCUCUCCAGGAGUUGCCGAAUGCCAGGCGGCCUUACUUCUUUGACGUUUACUCCUCUGUUAUAAGCUCACAAAGACUGAAAAUUCCUGUACGGUUUGUCAGACAUAUGAAAGGCAGAACAUCUGGAUUAGUGACGUUGGUCGGUCCUAGCGGGAAAACUUGGCAUGUUGAGUUAAUUCAGCAGAAUGAUGAUUUAUUCCUCUGCCAUGGGUGGCCAGCAUUUGUGAAGGAUCAUUUUAUAGAAUGUGGUGAUCUUUUGGUUUUCAGAUAUAAUGGUGAGUUGCAUUUCACUGUGCAAGUUUUUGAUCAAAGUGCAUGUGAGAAAGAAGCUGCAUUUCAUUCUGAAUGCAGUCAAGAUCCUAGUAACCUUGAUAUAAGUAUGGGACAGAAAAGAGAAAGAGAGGAGGCUGCGUCCUGUUCGGAAAAGAUUUUUGAAGGUGUGCCUAAGAAAUUGAGAGGUAGCGCUUCACAACUCUAUUUAGAAUGCACAGGCAAGAACCAGGAAAGCAAGGUGGUUAUGUCUGAUGGGGAAGGAUACCGGCAUGAGGUCACAGUUGCGGCUAAACCAUGUCAAGAAGAAAUUUACUCCAAAAAACCAAAGCAUUGUGGUAGUCCACUGAAGAAUUCUGCUUUGUACUCUCAAUCAAAAGGUUGCAAAGAAAAGCGAGUGUUGGAUAUUGUUCCACUCAGUACAAAGCCCUCCAUCCAUAAUAGAGCCAGCAAAGAGGAUGAUGUGUACAUGCGUGGUAGAGGUUGUACAUCAAUGUUGUCGGUGCAUGAAGUAGCCCAAUCAUUUACUUCUUCUUUCCCUUAUUUCAUGAGAAUCAUGAAAAGCUUCAAUGUCAGUGGUUCAUAUACUCUGAAUAUUCCAUAUAAAUUUUCAAUGGCACAUCUUCCAAACAGCAAAACUAAGAUUGUCCUUCAGAAUUUGAAAGGAGAAAGUUGGACUGUGAAUUCUGUGCCCACUACAAGAGUAAAUACAAGUCAUACUCUUUGUGGUGGAUGGAUGGCUUUUGUGCGUGGUAAUGACAUCAAGAUUGGAGAUAUCUGCAUUUUUGAACUUGUACGCGAGUGUGAAUUAACCGUUCACGUUUUUGGGGUUGGAAGGGAAGAGCAAGACUGCCAAAAUGGAAAAGUUGCUAGUAGUAGGCCAAGUGCUGGACGUGUUGUCACUUCACAUAAGAGUCUUAAAGGUUUGUCAAAGAAAACAAGGGGGAAAUCUCCUAAACCGUCAAAGAGACGUCAAGAAUCGCCUUUCUCUAUUGAUGUAAAAAAACAAUCUGGCGCAUCAAAGACUUAUACCAAAGUUCCAGUUUGCUCUCAGUCAAAAACUGCCAACAAAAAGUUGGUUGUUCGGAGUAAAAAAGGCAUAGAAGAUGAAGUAGGCUCACAAAAUAGAGGCAGCAUGAGAAUGCUGUUAGCAAUUGAUGAAGAAAGAGCAGCUCGUUCUUUUUCUUCUUGUUUUCCAAAUUUUGUGAGGAUCAUGAAACAGUUCAACAUCAGUGGUUCAUAUACUUUGAAAAUCCCAUACCAGUUUUCUACAGCGUUUCUCCCUGACUGCAAAACUGAGAUUGUGCUUCGAAAUUUAAAAGGGAAAUGUUGGACAGUGAACUCCGUCCCGGAUUCGAAAGGGCGAAUGGGGCAUACCUUUUGUGGAGGGUGGAUGGCCUUUGUUCGUGGGAAUGAUGUUAAGAUUGGAGAUAUCUGCAUUUUUGAACUUGUUGGCAAAUGUGAAAUGCUCGUACAUAUAUCCUGGAAUGGAAAAAAAGGGCUCGACCAUCAGAGUGGAGCAGCUACACCUAAUGAGUUAGCUAUUGUGUCAUGUAACGGCAAUAAGCCUUCUUCGUGACGCAUGUAAAAAAGAUCAAAACUUUGGUUAAUAUAAAUUAGGGGACGGUGUUGCUAUGUGUAACUUUUUUUCUCUUUUAAUUUGUGUGCAUGUGCAAAUUUAAAUUUAGUUUAGUUUCUGCAUAACUCACAGCUUUUGCUUGCUAAAAUUAUCUGUGUUGUGCUGGACGAUGAUGGAAGCCUCCUUCCAAUUUCCUUUUUUCUUUUUGGAGGAAAAACUUGUCAAAUUUGUAUGGUAGAACUCUUUUAUGCUG